GCCACCAACGGCUUCCCAAUUUUUCUCUCUCAUCAAAACCUUUGACUAUUUUCUCUCUCUAGAAACUAAACUAAACAAAACAAAAACCCUAAAAACUAGAAUAUCAAAAACCCACCUCCUUUAUGGACCAAACAAGUUUCCUGUGUUCCUCAUUAUCUUUUUCCUCAUGAUCUUCAUCUUUGCCACAACAAUCUUCUCAUCAAUCAUCUUUUUUUCUCAAUUUUUAUCCAAGAUUCAACCGACCCACAUUAGUAAACCUUGAUUUCCACACGGGUCUGUGAAAAAGUUUGCAUCUUGUUGUGAAUUUAUGCUUCAAUUUUCAGUCAAGAUUCAAUUGACUCACAUAAGAAAAUCUUGAAUUCCACACGGGUUUGUGAGAAAGUUCACAUCUUGUUGUGAAUUUCUCAAUCGACCCACAUUAGAAAACCUUGAAAUCCACACGGGUUGUGAAAGAGUUCACAUCUUGUUGUGAAUUCUUGCUUCAAUUUCAUGUUUUCUGUGAUGGUUUAUGUAGAAAAGAUAUGGGUAUCUCUGUUUUUUAUUGGGUGUUUGCAGGUUCUUGUGAAUUCACAAAACCUGACAUGUAAUCCCAGUGAUUUCAGUGGGUUAAAAGGGUUUAUGCAAGAAUUGGAAUCCCCAAUUGAUGGAUGGUUUGUUUCAAAGUCAAGUUGCUGUAAUUGGGUGGGAAUUGUUUGUGAUUCUGUUUCCGGCAGGAUUGUUAAUCUUGAACUUCCGAAUAAGCGAUUAUCCGGAGGGUUUUCUGAUCAGAUUUCCAGUUUAGAUCAGCUUAGAACACUCAAUCUUUCUCAUAAUUUCCUCAAGGGUAUGAUUCCAGUUUCACUUUUUAGUCUAACCAAUUUGGAAACUCUUGAUUUGAGUAGCAAUGUGUUUAGUGGUGGUUUUCCUGUUAGUAUUAACCUGCCUGCACUUAAAGUUCUAGACUUUUCUGUUAAUAGUUUUCUUGAUUCCAUUCCUGCUGGUAUUUGUGUUAAUUCAACCGGAAUUCGUGUGCUUAAACUCGCUGCUGGUUCGUUAAUCGGAAGUAUUCCAAUCGAACUCCGGAAUUGUGCAUUCCUGGAACAUAUAUGUGUAGCUUCCAAUUCUCUUUCGGGUGCAAUUCCAGAGUUUUUAUUCCAUUUACCAAGAUUAAUGGAAUUGGAUCUUCAGGAUAACCUUUUCACUUCCAUUGCCGGAAUUGGUAAUUCCUCUAGCCCGAUUACGCGUUUGGAUAUCUCAUCAAACCGGCUUUCGGGUGAUUUACCGGAUUUUUUUCAUAAGUUUCCGAGGCUGACUCAUUUCUCGGCCCAUUCGAAUAGUUUCUCAGGCCGGAUUCCGUCAUCAUUGUCUAAUUCACCUGCCAUUAAUUCGAUCAAUCUGAGAAAUAAUUCGUUUAUUGGUCCGAUCGAAUUCAAUUGUUCGUUGAUGGCGAAUCUUACUGCACUUGAUCUCGGCACCAAUCACUUUUCGGGUUUCAUUCCCGACGAUCUUUCUUCUUGCCACAAGUUAAAAGCUAUAAAUCUCGCUAGAAACAAAUUCAACGGCGAAAUCCCUCAAAGUUUUAGCAAUUUUCAGUCGUUAACGUAUCUUUCGCUCUCGAAUUGCAGCCUCAGUAACCUUAACACCACCCUUAAGAUCCUGCAACACUGCCCGAAUUUAACCGUUUUGGUUCUCACCCUUAACUUUCGUGGCGAACGUCUCCCGGAUGAUGAUUCUCUUCAUUUCAAAGCGCUCAAAGCUCUCGUGAUCCCGAAUUGCGAACUCACGGGCGUAAUUCCUCAAUGGAUACGCGGUUUAACGCGAUUACAGCUUUUGGAUCUAUCCUGGAAUCAGUUAACCGGAACAAUUCCAUCUUAUUUGGGCGAUUUCGAGUCUCUGUUUUACUUGGAUCUAUCGAAUAAUUCAUUAUCUGGAGAAAUCCCGAAGAGUCUCACUCGGUUACCGAGUUUGUGUAACCUAAACGUCACUUUGGAAGAAGGUUCACCGGAUUUCCCGUUUUUUAAGCGACCAAACACGAGUACUCGCGGGUUACCGCUGCAAUACCGACAGAUUAUGAGCUUCCCGCCGUUAAUUGAUCUGAAAUACAACUCUCUCAAUGGGUCAAUUUGGCCCGAAUUUGGGAACUUGAAAAGGUUACAUGUUUUGAAUCUGAAACACAACGAUUUAUCGGGUGGAAUCCCGAGUGAGCUGUCGGGAAUGACGAGUAUAGAGACGCUUGAUCUGUCGUAUAAUAAUCUGUCGGGACGGAUUCCUCCUUCGCUGGUGAAUUUGAACUUUUUAUCGGAGUUUAGUGUCGCGUAUAAUCGCUUGAGUGGGAUAGUCCCGAGUGGGCGUCAGUUUGGUACUUUUAGCAACUCAAGCUUUGAAGGAAACAAAGAUUUAUGUGGGUCUACUUGUGAAGAUAGUCUCGCUACUCGAUCUACAACGAGGCGAUCGAAGAAAAGUAACGGACCGAUUGUCGGUAUGGCUGUCGGGAUUGGGUUCGGAACGCUUUUUAUUCUAGCACUCAUGUUCUUGAUCGUACUUCGUGCAACCCGUAAACAAGAAAUCGGUCCCGAGAAAGAUGAUGGUUACUGUAGCAGCAAAGAAGAACCUGAAUCGAAACUGGUAGUGUUUUUCCAAACGAAAGACGAGCUUUCGAUUAAUGAUCUUUUGAAAUCAACCAACAGUUUCGAUCAAGCGAACAUAAUCGGUUGCGGUGGGUUCGGGCUUGUUUUCAAAGCGACACUUCCCGGUGGUCAAAAAGUAGCGAUAAAACGGCUCACGGGUGAUGCGGGCCAAGUGGACCGUGAGUUCCAAGCCGAAGUUGAAACCCUAUCGAGAGCCCAACAUCCGAAUCUGGUCCUUCUUCAAGGCUACUGUCAACACAAAAACGACCGGUUUUUAAUCUACUCGUUUAUGGAAAACGGUAGUCUCGAUUACUGGUUACACGAAAAGCCCGAUGGCCCGUUAAAACUCAACUGGGCCACACGGUUACGAAUCGGGCAGGGUGCGAUUAAAGGUCUUGCGUAUCUUCACGAAUCCUGUGACCCGCAUAUCGUUCAUCGCGAUAUAAAGUCGAGUAACAUUCUUCUAGACGAGAAUUUCGAAGCUCAUUUAGCCGAUUUCGGGCUUGCGAGAUUAUUACUCCCUCAUGAUACUCAUGUAACUACUGAUUUAGUCGGGACAUUAGGGUACAUUCCUCCCGAAUACGGGCAAGCAUCGCUUGCAUCGUAUAAGGGUGAUGUUUAUAGUUUCGGGGUUGUUUUACUGGAGCUUUUAACGGGCAAGAGACCGAUGGAUAUGUGUAAACCGAAGGGUAGUCGGGAUUUGAUCUCGUGGGUGAUGCAAAUGAAGCAGGAAAACCGGGCGGAUGAGGUUUUCGACCCGUUGAUUUUCGAUAAAGAUAAUAGUAAGGAGAUGUUGUGGGUUCUUGAGAUUGCUUGUGUUUGCUUAAAUGAGUCUCCAAAGCUACGACCAUCGAGUAAAGAGUUGCUUGAUUGGUUGCAUCAUGGUAACAUUCAUACUUAGGUUAGUUUGUUUGUUUGGUUUAUGUAAUUUGUUUUUUUUUUCCUCUCAGUGAUGUAUAUAUUAACGUUGCAAUUGAUAAUAAUACAUUCAAAGAUUGUUUCA